UGUUAUCCUGCCAUGGCCAUGGCGUCCGCCCUUGCGCUCCUCCUCGCGCCCAGCCGAGGUACCCUCUCCGCCCCAUGGCAUCCCGGCCUCGCUCCUCCUCCUCCCCCCGGCCACCCUCUCCGCCCCAGCCGCCACCCACCCGCGCAAGGCCGGGAGCCCCCAGCAGCUCCAUGCCGCCUCCUGCUGCAGCAGUUCCGCUCCGGCCGUAGGAACCGGUGGAGGAGGCGCUACCGGAGCGAAGGAUUGCAGUUCUUCUUGGCAUGGUAUUUGAUGUCUCUUGAUAUGAAUCCGAUUGCAACUAAGGCGGUCACUUCUACCGUCCUAACUCUGGCCGUGGACCUCACCUGCCAGGGGAUUGCAGCAAGAAGUGUACGGAAUCAGUGAUUGGGAAAUGUGCUUCACAAUUUCAGUUCUGUGUCAUAGCUUGCGAUCGAUUGAGUUCCAAAGCUUGAUUUGAGGAGAACAUUCGUAUGCACAUUUUUGGGCCUUUGCCCUUGUGGGGCCAACUUUACAUGUACUUGUAUUUGAGUAAAUUAGUGACAGUCAGCGGAGCGUCAGGUGCCAUUGCCUGCCUUAUACUUGACCAGUUCUCCCAUUUUCAUUGGAGUUUUCAUGAGCUUACUAGUCACCAUUGCGGGGAAACCCUCUCUUAUAGUGCCAAAGCUGAAGCAGAGUGGUUAUCAUCAGUGUUGGCAAAUUGGCAAUUAUGGAUACCGUUUCAGUUUUUGAAUUUCUACUUUGUCCCCCAGAAGUUUCAGGUGCUUGCUGCUAAUUUUGUAGCCCUUGCGUGGAAUGUGAUUUUGACAUUUAAGGCUCACAAGGAGGUUACUGCAAAAUAGGUGGCUUCAUAGUAGGUUUACUGACUGACGAUGUGCAUGCUAAUGUAUACUAUAUCUUGCCUCUGCUUUUAGCAUGAACAUAUGCGUUAUUUGUGUUGUGAUGGGUUGAUGAAGCUCAUCGCGUUGGCAGUGUUGCCUCCUUCAGACUUGGUUAUGCCACCAAGGAACUUAUUAAGGAGACAAUUUGCUGGCGAUGGCCAUUGUUUUGGUUGGUUGGAUUACUAAAUGUAAGCAGAGGGUAGAAGGAAUCUACUACAUAUGAAUGUCAGCCCACUUGUCUGUAUAUAUGCCGUGCUUGGGUUUGCCCGCCUGGAAUUGCGUAAUGCCUGACGUGGACGGUAUGUAGUGUGUGUGUAUAUAUAUAUAUAUAUAUAUAUAAUCGAUGCCAUGCUCUGCUACCUGCAUAUAUGUUUGAAGCCAUGCCACGCCCAGCAAGUUCAACUACUACUGUGACAGUACUGCUGCCCAGUUGGAGUUGGUGGUGGCCGCUCCUCUUGGUGGUGGCGGCGGCGGUGGUCGCCGACGCCGACGCUGACGCAGACGCCGCAGCCCAGCCCCAGCUGGGGAUGGGGCUUCGUCCCAACUGCAGCACCACCUGCGGCGGCGUGAGCGUGCCCUACCCCUUCGGCAUCGACCCUGGCUGCCACCUUGGGGAGUCGUUCCGCCUCACCUGCAACACAAGCCUCAAGCCGCCGUUGCUGCUCCUCCGAAAGUGGUUCCAGGUCAUGAACAUCUCCCUCGAUGACUCCACCGUGCGCCUGACGGGGCUCAACCACAUCGAUACCCCAUUGAUGGUCCCGAUCCUGGGCCUCAACUUUGGGUACCAGCUGCAGGAAUGGUCCGUCACGUCUACUGGCGCGGUGCCAGGGCCAAAUGAGGGACGUCCUGGGAACGCAACGUGCCCAUAUGAUUUGGGCACCACCGCGUGCCAUAGCCGUCACAGCACCUGCCAGGGCCUCAGCAUCGGCGGCUACAUAUGCAAGUGCGAUGAGGGUUACCAAGGCAACCCUUACCUCAGCGACGGAUGCCAAGAUAUUGACGAGUGCUCGCUCCCGGGUAAAUGCUUUUCAAAUUGCACAAAUUUACCUGGCGGGUAUUGGUGCCAAUGUCCAGAGGGAACCAUUGGUGACCCAUCUACUCGAGAUGGCUGCGUCAAACCACGUGAUCCAAAUAAAGGGCUAACCAUUGGCCUAGGAGUUGGAAGUGGCGCAAUGCUCCUCUUUCUAGUCCUAAGCAUCACAUUUACGAUCUAUAGAAUCUUGACACGAAAGAAGAGGAUGAGACGGAGAUGCUUCGACCAAAACCAUGGUCAGUUGCUACAACAAUUAGUAUAUCAAAGGGCAGACAUAAGUGAGAGAAUGAUUCUUACUUUAGAUGAGCUAGAGAAGGCCACCAACAACUUUGACAAAGCCCGUGAGUUAGGUGGCGGAGGGCAUGGCACAGUAUAUAAGGGAAUUUUAUCAAGUCUACACGUCGUGGCAAUUAAGAAGUCAAAGAUAGUGAUACAGAGAGAAAUUGAUGAGUUCAUAAACGAGGUUGUUAUCCUCUCUCAGAUAAACCAUCGGAAUGUUGUGAAGCUUCAUGGGUGUUGUCUUGAGGCAGAAGUUCCUCUACUUGUUUACGAGUUCAUUUCCAAUGGAACCCUUUACAAUCAUCUUCAUGUGGAAGAUUUGUUAUCAUUGCCAUGGAAAGAUAGAGUGAGGAUUGCUGUUGAAACUGCUAGGGCACUCGCAUAUCUUCACUCACUUGCUUCGAUGCCAAUAAUUCACAGGGACAUCAAGUCUCCUAACAUACUUCUUGAUGAUAACUUAACAGUGAAGUUGUCAGACUUUGGAGCUUCGAGGUACAUUCCGGUUGACCAAACCGGGUUGGAUACAGCUGUGCAAGGAACAUUUGGGUAUUUGGACCCUACCUACCAUAGCACGGGGCACCUUACUGACAAAAGCGAUGUCUAUAGCUUUGGUGUGAUUCUUGUAGAGUUGCUUACCAGAAAGAAGCCAGUUUCUUAUAGAUCCCUAGAGGGUCAUGGUCUCAUAAACCAUUUUGCUUCCCUACUUUCAGAGGAUAACUUAGUUCGUAUAUUGGAUCCACAAGUUGUCAAGGAGGCAGGUGGGGAAGUUAUUGAUAUCGCACUGUUGGCAGCAAUGUGUGUGAAAUCGGUAAGCAAGGAGAGGCCGACCAUGAGACAGGUGGAAAUGACGCUUGAAAGUAUUCAUGCAGCAAAAGAGUACUAUGCUUCGAGUGACAUAACAGAGGAGUCUGAGGAGAACUACGUCCGCGUGAAUGAUAUGUCCAUUAUUGGAGGGACGAAUGAGGACACACUGCAAGCCAGCAUUGAUUACUAGAGCUUGCUUGGAGGAAGUUCAUGUCUCGAGACCGAUCAAGUCGUCUUUCAGUUGAGUGACGAUGAAUCGACAUGGAUCGAUGCUUUGCAUUAUUGCGGCUGAUAGUUAUUCUGUCUGGAAAAAGAAGUCACUUCCACCUUUUGCAAUUUAACAUGUG